AAUCGACCCAAGCAUGAUUGCGUAGCAACCCUACUUCGCGACAACCUGCCUCGACUCCUCGUGCCCACGAAGCCUCGACGGUCACCGUGACGGUUUCGGGACAUCGACAACAGAAGAGCCCAGCGGCUGCCGCCCCUUCACUCGCCAUGGCCGACAUCAACAGGGACGACUCCGUGUCCCCAAUGACACGUCUGCCCAGGGCGGCUGCUCCGACAUCCACGCCGCCGUCAGCACUCCAAAUACCACAAUCUCUGUCGACCGCCGACAUACCGACUUCUUCGCCCCUGCCGAGCCCGUCCAUAUUGUCCUUGCGCAGGGUAGUCGAGCGAGAGCCUUCAGACUACCUCAACGGCGGCGUGCCGCACGAUAGCCAGUCCCCCAUACGUGGGCCCCUGCCGCCCGAUGGCUCUCAGCCGGCUCUACCGAAGCGGCUCAUGGAAAUCCGGGUGCCCAACCAAGAUGAAGAUAUCCCAGCGGAUCCCAUCUCGCCAGGCCGGAAGAGUGUCCAGUUUGCCCGUACCGAUGACGUGGUCGACGCCCCGGCGAGUCACUCGCGGCAGUCCUCCUGGGACGAUGCUGAAGCCAGGUCCCGCAGUGAACGGUGGAUAUCCCGGCUCAAGUCGACUCUGGGAAGCUCUGGCCAGAUACAAACCUCGAAAGCGGGCGAGGGAGGCGAGCGCCACGACCAUGCAACGCCAGCUACCCCCAGUGCGUCACGGUCCCAAGGGAUGAACACGCUCGACGAGGAAGCUGGCAUCGAUGCUGAUGUCGAGGAGAGUGGCGACGAAAGCGGUGCGCCCGGAGAGAAUUCCAAACACAAGCGCAAGCGGACACGGCGACCCUUCCGGCCGUUGGAGAUGCUGACAGCGCCAAACACGCCGCGGCUGCCUGACGAGUUGGACUCGCCUCAUGUGGGUCGAGCCAGAGGCUUGACUCGGCGGUCAACCAUGCCAGAACCUGCCGAGCACCGGGGAGGUCUGUCUGAAGGUGAAGGCCGGGACCACCUGGCUGGCAAGCGGCCUGGCUGGAACCGUGGUAGCUCCUGGCUCGGUACACCCCGGCACCUCAACGGGCAGCACCACGACGAUGCAGAGAGCCCCUCCACGCGUGCCAUCGGCCAUCGUCGACGAAUCUCAGAGAUGUUUGGAACGGGCGGUGGGGGCACGUCCGACGGAGAUGUUCUCAGUGCGCCACGGCGCCCGUUUUUCGGUGCUGAUCGUAAAGCCACCUUCGCGGGCGGUGUGCAGAGGUGGAAACAGGUCAAGAACACGCUCAAGGCCUUGGGUAAGCGGAAACAUGACCAGAUCGACUAUUACAAAUCCGCCGAGUUGAUGGCAGAACUGCGUGCUGUCACGCCGGCCGUGGUCAUCUUUGCCAGCAUGCUCCAACGGGACGACAACGGCAAUCGGAGGAUACCGGUCCUCCUAGAACAGCUCAAUUUGCGAGUUCUCGGCAGUCGCUCAGAGGAUGGCGGAGAAUCUGAGAAGCACACUAUCUUUGACAUCUCCCUCGAGUACGGCAGCGGAAGCAGCAGGAUGAGCUGGACAGUCACCCGCACGAUACGAGAAAUACAGAACAUGCAUUUCAAAUAUCGAGCCGCGGACAAGAUCGACCGAGCUAGCCAGGCCACCUCGACUGGCCGAAAACGUCCCAAACAGCCACACUGGCCCAAGCGAGAGUUCCCCGUGUUCUCGUAUGGCCGCGGUCUUGCGUCUUCAAGUGAGGACGAGAAGCCUCCGGCGAUGGCCUCUCGUGCCAAUACUGGUGAGACGCUCGCGGACGGCCACCUGACGGGUGAAGAGGGGGCCAACGGUGUUGCCACGGGGAGCGACAAUGAACGGAGGAUGGGUCCCGGGGGGCGGAAGAAGUCCCGAAUCAACCAACUCCUCAUGCGACGGCAGUCGUCAGGUCUGGAAGCCGCAGAUCAAGCAUCGGCAGCCCUUCAGAACACGAUUAUCUGGCGAAAGAAGCUCAUCGACAGACAAAGACGGACGCUGGAGAAGUACCUUCAUGAGAUGACGCACUGGCUCAUGUUUCGGCCCGACAGUGGUCGCUUCUGUCACUUCCUGGAGCUUUCCGCCUUGGGAGUGAGGCUGGCGGCUGAAGGCAACUUCCACGGCAAGGAGUGUUUUCUGCACAUCCAGUCAUCUAAAGGCAUCGACUUCCGCCGCGUCGUGACACCGUCCUCCGUCAUCAAGCGACACAGCCGAAAGUGGUUCCUGGUGCGACAGAACUACAUCGUCGUUGUGGACUCGCCUGCGACGAUGAACAUCUAUGAUGUGUAUCUAGUUGACCCCACAUUCAAAGUUGUGCCAAAGAAGACGAAGCUUCAGUGGUUCGGUGGCAAAGGCGAUGCCGAUAACGACAACCGCAAGAACACGGCUUACAACGAUUCUGGUGACGAGGAUGGCACCGGCGGCAGCCGCCAUACCCUCAAGCUCUACACCUCAGAGCGCAAGAUCCGUCUGUUCUCGCGCAACCAGGCUUCACUGCGGCAGUUUGAGCAGUCAGUGGUGGAUAUGCUCAAACAGACGCAGUGGCAUCAGCCGCAUAGAUUCGACAGCUUUGCACCGGUGCGACGGAAUGCGUUUGCCCAGUGGCUUGUUGAUGGGCGGGACUAUAUGUGGAACGUCUCGAGAGCCAUCAACAUGGCUCAAGAUGUAAUCUAUAUCCAUGACUGGUGGCUGAGUCCUGAGCUGUAUCUUCGCCGCCCGCCGUGUAUCAGUCAGAAGUGGCGACUGGACCGCCUGCUGCAGAAGAAGGCCAGAGAAGGUGUCAAGAUCUUCGUCAUUGUCUAUCGGAACGUCGAGCAAGCGAUUCCGAUCGAUUCGGAGUAUACCAAGUUCUCGCUGCUGAACCUGCACGACAACAUCAUGGUGCAGCGGUCGCCGAACCAGUUCAAGAAGAACCAGUUUUUCUAUGCCCAUCACGAGAAGAUCUGCAUUGUUGAUCACGACGUCGCCUUUGUCGGUGGCAUAGAUCUCUGCUUUGGACGAUGGGACAACCCACAGCAUCCUCUGACAGACGACAGGCCCACAGGCAUGGAGGCCGAUGGUGAUACUCCCCGUGAUGCAGAACACUGCCAGCUGUUUCCCGGAAAGGACUAUUCGAACCCUCGUGUGCUCGACUUUUUCAAGCUGAACGAACCUUACGAGGAGAUGUAUGAUCGAAGCAAGACGCCACGCAUGCCAUGGCACGAUAUCGCCAUGCAAGUGGUUGGGCAGCCUGCCAGAGAUCUGACGCGUCACUUUGUACAGCGUUGGAACUACCUGCGCCGCGAGCGCAAGCCAACACGACCUAUGCCCUUCCUGCUUCCACCACCCGAUGCUAAUCCUGCCGAUCUUGAAGCGCUGGGCCUCUCAGGCACCUGCGAGGUGCAGAUCCUGCGGUCUGCCGGAGACUGGUCACUUGGGCUCUCACGCGAUGGCACUGAGCACAGCAUUCAGAACGCCUAUGUUAAGCUCAUUGAAGAGUCUGAGCAUUUCGUCUACAUUGAGAACCAGUUUUUCAUCACGAGCACGGAGACGCUGAACACAAGAGUUGUCAACCGCAUCGGUGAUGCUUUGGUGGAGCGCAUCAUCCGAGCACAUGAGAAUGACGAGGACUGGCAGGCUUGCAUUAUCAUCCCUCUCAUGCCAGGCUUCCAGAACACAGUGAAGGAAGCCGAUGGCUCAAGUGUGCGACUGAUCAUGCAGUUCCAAUACAGGAGUAUCUGCAGAGGGCCGAGCUCAAUCUUUGGCCGCCUUGAGGCUGUGGGCAUCGACCCGCACGACUAUAUCCGCUUCUUCAGCUUGCGUCAAUGGGGCAAGAUUGGGUCUAAUGACGCUCUCGUCACUGAGCAGCUCUACAUCCACGCCAAGACCAUCGUCGUUGAUGAUCGCGUAGCACUGAUCGGGUCGGCCAACAUCAAUGAGCGAUCUAUGCUUGGAAACCGAGACUCAGAGACCGCCGCUAUUGUCCGUGACACGGACAUGAUCUGGUCAACGAUGGCUGGCAAGCCGUAUCGUGUGGGUCGGUUCGCCCACACUCUGCGCAUGCGACUGAUGCGCGAGCAUCUUGGCCUCGACGUCGAUGAAAUCACAGAGGAGGAGCGACAGGCCGAAAUGAGCGCACAAGCGCAGUAUGAGGAGGAAAUGGCGCAAAUCUACCAGGACGAGGACGUUGUGGCCGAGACGUCGGCUGCUGGUGCCCAGAACAACAGCUUGCGACCGCAAGUCACACAAGGGUCGCGAAGCUUCAACCACGAUGCCGAGGACAACCAGAGUUUAGCGUCGCGGUCUUCGGACGCGACGUCGUCUUCGUCUAGUUCGAGUUCGUAUGCUGGGAGGUCGCCGGAGAGAGAUGAUCGCGUCCAGGGGAAUGCAACGCAUGAGCAGGAUGUCGCUGGCUACGGCGAGGACAAGUGGAAAGACGCUCAGGCUAAAGGCAUCGAUCGGGGUAGCGACACUGUUAUCAUCAAUGGCCGUGAGGUCCUACUGCACCGCAGCGUGGCGAUGCAGCACCAGCACAGGGGCAGCCCGUCCAACAGCGUGGGCUCACCUGCUAUGAAUGGCGAGGCUGACAAUGGCAAAGGGAACGACCGCCUACCGCCGCCUCCUCCCGUUCAGCGCCGCACCACGUCGCAGCUCGGACUGCCUCACUUCACAGAGCUGCCAUCGUUACCAAUUCUUGACGAUACCGACAUCGGCGGUCCGCCUGUGCGGCUCGACGAGUUCGGGAAGCCCACGAAUGAGCCCAUGAACCCCUGGGCGGCCGAUAUUCAGACAGUCUCUAUUGACAAAGACUGCAUGCGUGAUCCCAUCAACGACUCCUUCUGGGAGUCUAUCUGGUACCGCCUUGCAGACAACAACACGAAACUCUAUAGACGUGUGUUCCGUUGCAUGCCAGACAGCGAGGUCACCACGUGGAAAGAAUACAUGGAGUUUGACGAGUACGCUGCCAAGUUCCGCGACAGCAUGGCACCCCCAAAUACAGAGGAGCAGGAGAACAAGGCCGAAACCGAGCACUCUGGGGCAGCAGCACCCGGUGUUGCGGCUCCUGGUGCAGCGGGUGAGGCGCUCAAUGAAAUCGAGCAGAAUGAGAAGGGCCCGGCUACUAGACGCAGUCGUGGCGACUCCUUGCAGAUCCGGGUGUCAAAUGCGGAAGGGGAAGUUACUAAUGAGAAGGCUCCCGCGCACCCACCGAAACAAAACCAGAAUCAUGGCCUGGGACUCGUCACGGAUGGCCUCAAUGAGAAGCAGCCGUUUGUCGACCAGCCUUCGCCUGUUCAGCCCGCAGGCGAUAUCCCAUUCCCCAGCUAUGAUGCACAGGCGGAUGGUGCACUCUUGGACCCAACUACAAGCCUCAAUGACAAGGAGAAGAACUCCAACAGGCGCGCGACAUUCUCGUCCAUGGAGAAGCCCGAGCCCACGCCGACAAACUCGACCGGCGUGUACGCCACGGGCUCUGUGAAGCGCAGACGGAGAGCCACCACAAAGGGCAGCCGUGGACGGGGUUCUGUGUACCCGUACGACGUGCUGAAGCGGGACGAGGCCGAGGAGCUGUGCGACAUGAUUCAGGGCCAUCUCGUCUUGUUCCCGUACGACUGGCUCGAGGCGGAGGAGAAGGACAACCAUUGGAUGUUCCAGGCCGACCUCCUGGCGCCAAAGGAAAUUUACGAUUGAUCGCGUGGUUGUCGUCCGACAAGCAUGACCCGAGAUUUCGAUAGGCGAAGUCAUUCCGUCUCAAGCAAGUCCUUAACAUCAUUGCGAUUGCGCUAUGUCUUAACUGUCACCGCACUAGCGGUUCAACAUGGAUUGACCGCCCUCAUCGUCGUCACUAUUUUUGUCAAGUCCAAGCACAGUCAUGGGAAAGCGAGGUAGCGGGAGGAC